AUGGCAGCAAUUGCAACCGGCUUGGCCUCGGCAGGCCUUCUUUUCGGCGGAUACCUCUUGCGUGCUGGGCGGGCAGCAGCAGGAGCAACCGCACGACCGAGUGUUGGCCAGCUGUUCGUGUACCCGGUCAAGGGCUGCGCGGGCGUUGCCGUCGACUCGGCGCAGCUGACGCCGUACGGCCUGGCGCACGACCGCGAGUACAUGAUUGUCUACCGGAAGACCGCCGAUAUGGCCAGCAAUAAUGAAUGUGACGAGAGUGUGUGGCACUUUCUCACUCCGCGGGUCGUGCCCGGCAUGAUCCGGCUGACGCCUCGAGUGGCGGCCGACUCGUGCGAGCUGGUCGAGAUGAGCCUGGACGGCGACGUGCUUCAACUCGAUCGUGAGACCCAUCUUGCUGCGGUAGACUGCGGCGAUGUUGCCGCCGCGUGGCUCGAGUCCAAGCUCUGCCCGAUGACCCGGACGGCGAUGCGGCUGCGGCUGGUCCAUCUCGGUGCGUCGCCGUUUGAGUCACGGCCCGAGGGUGGGCGCAGGGCACUGGAGGAUGACUCGGUCCCGUGGGUCUCUUGGCCAAGCGGCUGCCGCGAGCUUAUUCCGUCGGCUAUCGAGGCUGGCGCCUUUGCCGACGGCUUCCCGCUACUGGUCCUCUCCAGUGCGGCGAUCGACGAGCUCAACUCGCGCCUAGCGGCCGCCGGCGCUCCGGCAGUCUCGAUCCAUAACUUUAGACCCAACGUGGUUCUCGACGGUGUCCCGCCGCACGCCGAAGACUACGCUGAGAUGCUCGUUCUUCCCGAGCGCGAGCUCGAGCUGGUGUGCGUCAAGCCGUGCGCCCGAUGCUCGGUUCCGACCGUCGAUCCGGCCACCGGCGUCCGGUCGCCCGAGGCGCAGCCGACCAAGACGCUGCGGACGUAUCGGGCGGCAGUGCCCGGAGAAAACGAUGUUUUCUUUGGCAUGAACGUCGUCCACACCAAGUCCGGUGUGCGGCUCGCGCGCGGCGAUGAAGUCGUCCUAGCGCGGGCUGCCGAGUACCGCGGGCCGGCUGCGCCGGCGUCGUGCGCUCGGUUCGCCACAGCUGAACACUAG